GGUUGCGGCGGCGCCCGGCGCCGGGAAGCAGCCGGUUCGAGUCUGCGUCCCGGAGGCCAGCGAGCGCCCAGGACAGGGAUGCUCUCCGGGCUAGCAGCGAUGGAGCUGAAGGUGUGGGUGGAUGGCAUACAGCGCGUGGUCUGUGGGGUCUCGGAGCAAACCACCUGUCAGGAAGUGGUCAUAGCACUAGCCCAAGCAAUAGGCCAGACGGGCCGCUUUGUGCUCGUGCAGCGUCUCAGGGAAAAGGAACGGCAGCUGCUGCCCCAGGAGUGUCCAGUGGGUGCCCAGGCUACCUGUGGACAGUUUGCCAGUGAUGUCCAGUUUGUCCUGAGGCGGACAGGGCCCAGCCUUGCUGGGAGGCCUUCCUCAGACAGUUGCCCACCUCCUGAGCGCUGCCCAGUCCGAGCCAGCCUCCCCCCAAAGCCACGGCCAGCCCUGGGCCACGAGCAGCGCCAAGCACUGACCUUCAGCCUGGGGUGCCCUGGGCUGGCCCCCAGCCCUGCGCUGCCUGAGCCUGUGGCCCCGGUAGCACCAAUCCCAGGCUCCUGUGCAGACCUGCAGAGCCUGGAGCGAAGGGUGCGGAGGAACGCAGUGGAGCUGGGUCAAGAGGCCUUCUGGGAGCAGGAGCUGCGGCGGGAGCAGGCACGGGAGCGUGAGGGGCAGGCGCGCCUGCAGGCCCUGAGCGCAGCCACUGCCGAGCAUGCUGCCCGGCUGCAGGCCCUGGAUGCCCAGGCCCGUGCCCUGGAGGCUGAACUACAUCUGGCCUCUGAGGCCCCUGGGCCCCCCUCACCCACAGCAUCUGCAACUGAACGCCUGCGCCAGGACCUGGCUGCCCAGGAACGGCAGAGCGCACAGGUACAAGGCAGCCUGGCCCUGGUGAGCAGGGCCCUGGAGGCCGCCGAGCACGCCCUGCAGGCCCAAGCCCAGGAACUUGAGGAGCUGAACCGGGAGCUCCGUCAGUGUAACCUGCAGCAGUUCAUCCAGCAGACGGGGGCUGCACUGCCACCACCCCCCCGGCCAGACAGGGGCCCCCUCAGCACACAGGAUCUUCUGCCUCCAGCCAGAGAAGAGCCCCUCACAAGGACCCCUCAGAAUCCUGCUCUAGUGUCUGGCCUGAGUCCAGAGAGUAUGUCGUGUCUUCCCCACUUUCGGUGGGACAGGGUCUUCCUGGGGCCUCCUCAGUGCCCUCAGCCUGUGCCCUCCCCACAGUUGCCCCAAUGAGGCAGAACUCCUGGAGGUAGCAGCUCUUGCCCCAGAAUGGACAUCCACUGCCAGCCCAGUCCUGGGCUCCAAUGACAUGAGCGAGGGCAGCCAAGGCCAGCCCGACCCGGACAACAGGAGAUUGGCGGUCGCAGAGGAUUCAUUCCCCCAUACAGUGGGAAGCCCUGGUGCCCUGGGUCUGAGACAGAACACCUCAGAGCCCCGGGGUUUCCACUGUGGGGGGCAGGGGGAGGCUGAGGACACUUGCCCUAGUCCUUGCCAAGUCUGCCAAACCCCCUGGAGAAGCAGGGGGCGGGACCAGCUCAGAAUUCGCUGCGCCCCGAAGGCCAUGGCUCCUUAUUGGGGUUGGGAGAUGUGUGGACACUGCUCGGCCUGUGGGUGUGUGCUUGCAUGUGGGAAGUAUCCUUCCUUGAGCCUGCAUGCACACACGGCGUGCCGCCUCCCCUACCCCAACCCUAAAACCUCAAUAAACUGCCCAGAAUGGCU